AUGAGGGGUGUCGGGUUCGAUGCUGCAUACAAGAACAUCUACGUGCGGUCUGCUAGACUCUACAGCGAGGCGUACAGCAGGGGCUGGAUCGGCUACGGCUUCCUCAACCAGGGCAGGAUGUUGGAGUUGGUGUUGGUUUUGGGGUCAAGGAGUCUGACUGGAGUAGGAAUAGUGAUGUGA